CUCAGUUAUUCAUUUGUUUUGGCCCAGACCACAACGUGCUCCGGCGUAAAAAAAGGAUUGGAGUACUCGCUGCGAAUAUAGCACCCAAUAAUUGCUCUCUACAUAACACUCGAUAAUCCCCAACAGCUCCAACCAUGUGCAACGCUCUCUGUGAAUGCCUCAAAUGCCCCGGCAAAGUUGUGUGCUGUUGCUGCAACUGCGCCUGCAAAAUGCUAAUGAGCAUUAUCGUCUCCGCCCUCCUGAUGGUCGUCGUGAUCGGAUUGAUCGUCUACUUCACAGUCUUCUACCACAAGGAUAAGAAUGCCGAUGAGGUGACGAAGCAGGUGGCGAACCAUGUGGCCCCCAUUGUUAAACGUAGCAUCCGCGACUACUUUAACAAGGAGUACUGAUCUGAGGCUUUUGAAUUUAAACAGUAGGCUAAAUAAAUUAAAUAAUAUAACUC